CUCGCUGGUGGCGCCGCCCCGCCGCGGUUAAUGACCGUUAGGGGGGUUAAAAGGGGCGUGGCCUAGAGGAAAGAGGCGGGGCCUUGGCCGUUUGGGAAAACAGUGGGCGUGGCCUCCCUUCCCAAGCCUGCCUCCUUCUGGUUGCUAAGGGGCCCUUGGUUACCAACGUGGAGGAUGCUGAGGGGCCUUCCCUGAAUGUUGGGGGUCCAAGAGGUUUCCUCGCCCCCUUAAAAGUGGGGCUGACAAAGGGCCUGGAGCUCAUGCUCCACUGGAAGGGUGUCACUCCCCAUUUCUUCCUGAAAAUGAUACAAGGAAACAUUUGACUUCUCAGGAAGGGGGGGGGGGAGCUAAAGCCAUCACCCCUUUUGCUGUAGCCUCAAAGAGGGGCCAUUGCAUUGUCCGUAUUAUUAUUAUUUCUAGAAGGAUGUGUUUAGUUUUUGUAAGUCGGUUACGUUUCUGUUUUCGCACCUAGGAUUCUUAGUCCCCAUUUUUGCUUAUUUUUUUAUUUAGUAUCUUUUAUUUAGUGUAUUUUUCCCUUUUAAAAAUAGCAUUUUAAAAAACAACAUGCUACUGAACUAAAGGCAUAUCACCCCCUUUUUCUGUUGCCUCGAAUAUUAUUAUUUAAAGGUUGUGUUUAGCUUUUUAAAAAUUAGUUAAAUCUAUCUCUUUUUUUUAAAGGUUAGGUUCAAUAUUAAUGUUUUGUAUCUUUCAUUUUUAAAAUACUAUAUAAUUCCAUUACAAAACUAUUGAGCUGCCAAUCCACUUUGAAUGGCAUUUUUCCCCAAGAGAAAAAAGGCUUGGUGAAAAUAAUAGAAAAUAAUACUAUAAUAAAAAUAAUAUAAUAAUAAAUAAUAAUAAUAUAAUAGAAGGAAAAGGAAUUCAACUGACUCCCUGAUAGCAUUUCAUCACUGCCUUUUUCUGUUGGCUCCAAGAGUGGCCAUUGCAUUUAUUAUUAUUGUUAUUUAAAGGUUGUUUAGUUUUUGCAAAUCAGUUAAGUUUAUGGGUUUGGUUUUUUUUGCAUCUACGAUUCUUCAUCUCUCUCUUUUAAAGGUUAGAUUGUCCCAACCCCGUUAAUUUUCUUUUUAUUUUGUAUCUUUUCGCUUUUUAAAUACUUACAAAAACAAAUUUUUGUUGCAAAAAUAUUGAGCUCCUGAUUUACUCUGAAAGGCAUUUUUCCCAAGCAAUAAUGGUGCUGCCUGGUUUUAAAAGCCUCGGUGAAAACAGUGAGAUAUAAUAGAGGUAAAAGGCAAUUCGACUUCUAUCUCCCAUAGAAAAAAAACCCCAACACCUUUGAUAGCUCUUGACUGCAGCCAUUGCCCAGUUUGGGUGUGUCACUUGCUCUUUGUACAUUUAGCUGUGACCCUUCAGCAUCAUGUCAGGCCCAAAUGCCAAGGAGUCUGAAAGGGGUGCUCCGAGUCUUCGGACUAUGACUUCAGACCCGUCGUCGUCGUCUUCUGCUCCUGCUGGCGAAGGUCCAGCAGAGUCUUCUUUUGGGGAGCACAACCUUAGCUUUACCACCACAGACCUCAGUGUUGUGGAAAUGACAGAAAUCGAAUACACCCAGCUUCAGCACAUACUCUAUUCCCACAUGGAGGCGCAAGCGAAUGAGAACGAAGCAGAAAACAGGCUAAAUUCCAAUUGCUUCUCAUCCAACAGCAGUGCAAGUCAAGCACAAUAUCUGUCGUCAUGCAAUAGCAGCCAAGGAGGCAUUUCAUCCAACAGCUCUGGAAGCCAGUCGCUCUACCCCAUUAUUUGCCAGUCUGGUUUGGCUUCCGAUAACAGUUUUGUGGGUCCUCCUAAUCAGUGUCUCGGACAUAUCGACUUCCAGGAGCUCAGGAUGAUGUUGCUUAGUGAGUCUAGCCUCCCUCCAAACCAAGCCGAGAAAACACCCAAUGGUAGCUCUGCAGAUACGCCCGGGCAGAGUCUAGUAAAAGUUAAGCACAGCGACAACUUGUGCGGGAUGAAUAAAGAAAAUGUUCCUUUGGAAAAUUCAGCACUUCUUCCUGAGCCGAGAGCAAAAUCCGCAGUCCGUGUGCGGCUGGAAGACAGAUUUAACAGUAUCCAGACUGAACUCCCCAGAGGACAAGAAGCCCAAGAACCUGGAGUAGCCAUUAACAACUUAGUAACCCUCAUUCGCCAUCCUUCAGAUGUAAUGGGUGUUCCUUUCCAUCAGCAACAAAAUAAAUGUACAACACUAGUGAAAAAUAAGACUGCUGCUACAACUACAACUGCAUUACAGUUUACAUGCCCGUUAUUUAACCCAAACACUGCCUCUUCUGCAACUGGAAAUGCAAACACAUCACAAACACAGAACUCUGGAGCCUCUGUUUUAGAAGCAGGCAAACAUCAAGAUAUUGGAUUGCCCCGAACUUUUUCUAUCUGUUACCAGCAAGAAAUUGAAGCAACCAAGCAGACAGUUGGUCCUAGAAAUAAGGCUGUACCUGAACAUUUUUGGAUUAAGCUGGGAGGUGAGGCUUUAUGUAAGCAAACCAUAAACAAAAGAAGUCGUAACCGGCUCCACCCCUUGGAAAGCAAUGUACAACGUAAACCACUCGGUGAUAUACAAAAUGUGUGUGAAAUCCAAAGUGCUGGCCCAUCACAAGGCGCAUGGCAAGCAGGACAGUCAACCCAAAAUACACAAAGUGGAAACCAAGGUGGUGUCUCACAGCGUCGAGAGAGGCAUAACCGAAUGGAAAGAGACAGGAGGCGCAGGAUCAGGAUUUGUUGUGAUGAGCUGAAUCUUCUUGUUCCAUUCUGCACUUCAGAUACUGAUAAGGCAACAACUUUACAAUGGACAACAGCCUUUCUAAAAUAUAUUCAGGAGCGGCAUGGGGAUUCCCUGAAGAAGGAAUUUGAAACGGUAUUCUGUGGUAAAACAGGCAGGAGACUAAAAUUAACAAGAUCCGAUUCAUGUCCAGCACAAGAGAAUGGUACAUCAAUGGAGACAAAAUAAUUUGACAUCUAAUUCAAGGGUUGAUGGAAAGUGAACACAGGAUGUCUGUUCACUUCUUUUCCCAGAUUCAGCUGUUCAGAUUCUCUUGUAACUUAAUAUAGCUUAAAAAGCACAUAAACAUUAAAGAAACAACGUAUUUUAUUUAAAACAAAGGGGGAGAAUGUCACCAAUGCCAUUUAUUUAGCAAUACUGCCACAAGAAAGAGAUUGCACCAAAGGGAAAGAAACAUUAUCACAAGCUAGGAAAUGGUACCCCUGAUCCAUUAUCCCAAUUUUCAGGUUUUUGCUUUGUUUUCCAAAUAGACAAUAAUUCAAAUUUGUUAUAGAACAGUGGCAUGUUCUUUUCAGUCUUGAACACACUGAUAUAAAUUAUUUGCAAUUCAUGACAACUGGUUUGCUACUGGAAGAUGAAGAAAAGAUAUUUAAAUUUAUAAAUUAUAUAAAGAUGCUAACUUGUAUAUAGUAAUGCAGAUUUGCUUUUAAUUUCCAGUUUUUUCAGCCCUGUGAAACUAAAAAAUAUAUAGAAAAAGCUGUUGACAGUGUAUUGCAAAUACAGUACUAUUUCCAAUAUAUUUUGCACUUUCUCUGCAACAAAUUCAAGUACAAAAUAUUGUCAGUGGGGUAUAUCUUGCACAUAGAUCCUUUGAAAUGCUUGGGAGAAGUACAGCUGUGUAGUGUUGUACAAAUCCCAUUCAAUUCAGUGGCACUUUCACAGGAAGAAAUGGCAGCUGAUUAUAUCCUCUCAGUGUAAAAGUGGCAUUUUGUAAACAGUACAUGAUUUUUAAGUGCACAUAAUUUCUUCCUUUUAAAAAAGAAACUAGUAGAAGCCAUAUGUGUUAGGAGAUCUGAAGUAUUUAAGGAAUAAUACGUAUAUUGAAUUAAAAGUGGCUUUAUUGAUCUGUCAAAAUAGAUGAUGCCAGUAGCUAUUUCUUGUGCAGAAUUCAUCCCAAAAUAAAUACUGUUUAAAUCACUGAUAA